CGGGCCACACGGGUCGCGCGGCGGCGAGUGAGCGGCCAAGGUCCGCUGAGGCCUGCGGCUGUGUUCCUUGUCCCUGCUGAAACUGGAAGAUGAAGGGCAGCCGCCGGUGCACACAUAGUCUGUGGCUUGCAGACAGCCAGAGUACGCAGGGGAGUCAGCUCCCUCUGCGAGCCCAGACCCGGCCAGAGAGGAAGCGAAGUGUGCGUUCCGGACUGGCUCGCCCCUUGACUACACGCGACACUCCUCUCCCGGACACGGCCGGCGAGCUCCCCUGCCGCUGAUCCACCCCCUGGGGACGAGGCGCACGGGCCGGACCAGGACUCCGGAGCGAGGCUCCGCGGGGCUUAGAACCCCGCGCUCAUCUGCAUGCUGCUUUGCAUCUCAUUUACAUAGCCCGUCUUGCUACGCAAGUUUUUUUUACCCAUGAACACCCCCCACCACCACCACCACCAGCACUGGCAAAAAACCCUUCCCCGGAUCCGACCACCCGGUUCUCCUGAAGACAAUACUCCAAUUCUCUGGAAAGUGGGAGAAACCAAGCUGGACUUGGGGGUGGAAUGGGACUCCAUUGGGACUUUGAAAACGUCAAAUUGUCGAUUAAUCUCCUCAGCAUUCAGACACCUUCUAUCUUAGUCUUGGUGGGAGUCCCAAAACUCUCCGUUGCUUGGUUAGGGGGGCGUCCCUGGUCCUGGAUUAGGAAGCUCACAGGAUUUGGCUCGGACUUGCAGGCGGUUAAGGAGCACCGAGCACAGGGGACCUGGCCAACAGCCACCCCUACGCCUAGGACCUGGGGCUGGGAUGAAGCUGGAGGUGUAAGCAGUCCCACCCCUUGCUCUCCUCAACCCUGGAGGGUGGUGUUCCAUCCCCCGCCCCAUAGUUAUGGAUGGAUGAGAGAAGCUGACCUUCCGCUCUGGGACCAUCUUCCCUUGUACCAUGGAGAAAGCCUUGUUGCCGCUGACCAUAACUUCUGACCCAAGACCCUUCAAUCAACAACUCCCCGAGCCUCCGGACCUGAGAUGUGCCUUGGAACCCCAGGACGGCCUUGAACUGGCGCCUGCUCUUGUGUGCGCGCUUUGCUGCUGCUUUGGGAUCAUCUACUGCUGCUUCGGCUACCGCUGCUUCAAGGCCGUGAUGUUUCUCUCGGGUCUGCUGUCAGGAGCUCUGGUGAUCUUCCUCCUGUGCCACAAGGAGCGAGUGUUGGAGACACAGUUGAGCCUGGAGGUGAGCGCAGGCAUCGCGCUGGGCAUCGGACUCCUCUGCGGCCUGGUCACCAUGCUGGUUCGCAGCGUCGGGCUCUUUCUGACUGGUCUGCUGCUAGGUCUGACCCUAGGUGCUGGAACCUUGUUGGGCACAGAAUCCAUCUACCAGCCACAUUCAGCCUGGGUGCCGAUCGGUGGACUAAUGGGGCUGGCACUGCUGGGAGCCCUGCUCACACUCCGGUGGCCACGCCCGUUCACGGUGCUGGGUACCGCCCUCCUAGGCGCUGCUGUGCUGGUGGCCUGUGCUGACUACUUCUUGGAAGGGCUGGCACUGGGCACUCGGCUGAGCGAACGCCUGCAGGCGCUUCCAGAAUUGCUUCCUCUUUGCUGGUAUAGCUGGGUCUUACUGGGGACCUGGCCAAUCUUGGGGGCUCUUGGGACACUGGCCCAGUGGAAACUCAUGGCUGAGGAACGCGGAAGCCACACCAAUGCAGUGGUCUUGAGCCACCAGAGAAGGCAUCUCCAGCUCCUUCGGAUCCAUCAGCAAGAGGCUAAGUGGCAUCGGAACCCUUCUGGAGUGGGACUGUAUGAAGGCAGCUAUCGAAGUCAACUUUCCCCCAAUAUCCGGAGCCCUGGUGACAGUCUGGCUCCAGUGAGUGGGAGGGUGAGGUACCCUGGGGAAGAUGGGUCAGAGGGCAUACAGUGAUGGCCAGCGUGAGCUUAGGGUCUGACCCAGAACCCCCUUCUACUCUCUCUGGCCUGUGUCCACUCAGCGUUAUCUCCAGAGUCUCCGUGAGGCCACGGGUCCCCGCACUGUCCUGGACCUGGGUUCUGGCUGCAGUCCCACUGUCCUCUGUCCAUCUUCUCAUUCCGCCCAGACCUGAGCCUAAGCCUCUGGUGAUGCCGCUACCCGAGUGAGGGCAGGAGAUUGCUACGUGGAUAAGGCCUGUGCCCACGGGACCCACACAGAGUUCCCUACGUCUUGGACUUGGAGAUAGUCUCUAUCCCCAGACUAACCCUUUUAAAAGCGGGCAGAGAGAAUUCUUGCAAAGAUGGGGGAGAGCAAUACAGCACCUACCUCUGUCAGUGGUCACGGUGCCCUGGUCCCUAGAGACACUGGCUCCAAACCAAGGAGAUUUACCCAAAACAGCUUUAAAAAAAAAAUUCCUAUAGUGCUGAGACAGAACCUAGAGUGUUGUUCAGAGUAGACGAGCAUUCUACCACUGAACUGCAACCAUUCCCAAAUAUCCAUUUAAACGUCCCGGUGUGCCUUGCUGUGGUAAAAUACAGGGCUGUGUUGUAGGACCAGUAGAAAACCGAGGAGCCCCUGAGGCAUGUCACAGUUUUUUGGUAGGGAAAAUGGCACAGAAGUACUCUAAGAUCCCCCAGCUCCCGGGUUCCUUAGGGGUACCCGGACUUCUGGUUGGCCUUUCUCAGUGGACCCCAUAGUCUUGAGUCCCCUCUACCUCAGGGGAAUGCAAUCCUCCAUGGUGCUUUCUCCUCUCUCUUCAACGAGGGGAGACCACAGAAUCUGCCUCAGCUCCCCUCUCCAAGAGCUGGCUCCUUCUCCAAGAAGAGAGCAUUGGCUCGCAUGCCUAAUUCUUGCCUUUUUGCUCAGAGAAACCUGGGCUUCAGGGCUGCGCGGUAGUCAAGUGCCUUCUGCCUCCACUUACCCAUCCUAACGCUCCCUCCUCUGAGUCUCCUGAGCAAGGUCUUUCCUGGUUUCCCAAACAGUAUGAAGGAAGACACAUCCCUCCCCCAGCAGCAAAUCUGUAAUGGGGGGGGGGGAGAACAAGGGAACAUGGGAA